CCACGGCCUGCGUGAGGAGAUGUUUCCCGCUGGGCUCUGGCUCUAGGAUGUUGGAGAACCGAGAGGAAGAGCUGACCACGGUGCGUGUUCAGGACCCCCGGGUGCAGAACGAAGGCUCCUGGAACUCCUAUGUUGAUUAUAAAAUCUUCCUCCACACCAACAGCAAGGCCUUUACUGCCAAGACCUCAUGCGUGCGGCGCCGGUACCGUGAAUUUGUGUGGCUGAGGAGGCAGCUCCAGAAGAAUGCUGGCUUGGUGCCUGUCCCAGAGCUUCCCGGGAAAUCCACUUUCUUCGUGGGCAGCACGGAUGAGUUCAUCGAGAAGCGGAGACAGGGGCUGCAGCAGUUCCUGGAGAAGGUUGUGCAGAACGUGGUCCUCCUCUCCGACAGCCGCCUCCACCUUUUCCUGCAGAGCCAGCUCUCGCUACCCGAGAUAGAGGCGUGCGUGCAAGGCCAGGGCUCGCAGACAGUGACGGAAGCCAUCCUGCACUAUGCCAUGUCCAACUGCGGCUGGGUGCGGGAGGAAGAGAGCCGCCCCGCGCUGCUGCCGGGAGGGGACCUGCACGGCAGCUGUGCCGGCCUGGGAAGCCCGCAGGGUCCGAGCUGCCUAGAGACCUUCCCGUACUGGAGCGACUUCGGCAUGGAUGACACCCACUCGGACAGUCCGGAUGAGCCAGCUGAGCCCUUGGGCGGACGGCGUGAGAUGCAGUAAACGGCUCUAGCGACCUCGCCUGCCUUCCCCGGGACCUGCAGCCCUCGCUGGAAGAGGGACCGCUGCGGAGCCGGAGGGAUGUCCAGGCUGGUGGCACUGGGAACACAGCCUUGUCCCUGGCUCUGCGGUGUCCGGGGCUCAUGUGCGCUCUCCCUGCUGACUCUUGACUGUCCUUGAUGUCCCAGGCAGUGUGUUCGUAUCGCUCUUCUCUUUGGAGAAGAGAUCUAGUGGUUAGUGAAACCUGUGUUUGUUCUUCCUAUGGCCUUUGCUCUCUGACUGGUGCAGUAGCAGGGCUGAGUUAGGUGGCAGUGCCAGCGAGGCUCUGUGUUCUUGGCAUGGCCCUGGCCCUGGGCAGGGUGGGAUACGCUGGCUCACGUCCAGCACGACGGAGGAAGGCUUUCCUUGGUGGAGCCGCAGGUUCUGGGAGCAGGGGCUGGCCACUGCCCGCGAGUCUCUUCAGUUUAGUCCCCCCGUGUUCCCCUCUGCGCUGCAGGCCGGGGAAGCUGCCUUUCCCCGCUAACAGCCGCGCUGUGCAGCUCUUGGGGAGGGUGCUCUCAGCUGCGCGGAGCCGGAGCCCGCACGUGGGGUGCAGAUACCGUAUCCACGCCUGGGGCCUCCUGGCACAGCUCGCCCCGCAGGUUGCCUGCAGCUGGGAUGAACAGAGAUCAGCUUCCCCCCAGGGAGCACGGGGCAGGGGAACGAGUCGGUGGGGAGGUAGAGG